AAGUAACAUGGGCAUAGAAAAGAAGAAAAUAAAAAUUUACAAAAAAAAAAGGAAAAAAGAAGAGUAAAAGACAGAUAUACCUAAUCUAAUAAGUUGUAAUGUGGAUGUAGCUUUCUCAAUCCUCACCUUCCCUCCCUCACCCUCACCCUCACCAAAUCCAUCGUCCUUUUAUACCUGUGAUGUAAGAACUUUCCUCAUCUCAUUUGCACAGUCACGCUCAAACUCAACUCACAAAGAAACACACAAAUUAUCUCUCUCGAAUCUCAACCAAAUGAAGAGGUUAGGCAUCCGUAAUUUACAAACGCAGCUUCUACUAAUCGCUAUCUGCCUCUUCACCUGUUCCUCCGGUUUAAAGAUCGGAGAAAGUUGCGGGUCAGACAACAAAUGCGACGCUGGUCUCAGCUGCCAAACAUGUCCCUCCAAUGGGAAUACCCGACCCAGAUGUUCGCGGAUACAACCUCUGAACCCCACUUCUAAGGUGAAAGGGCUACCGUUUAACCGUUAUUCGUGGCUCACCACUCAUAACUCGUAUGCUUUGGCCGGGGCGAGAUCCGCCACUGGCUCUAUCAUCAUAGCACCCAUGAACCAGGAAGACACUGUCGCUGAUCAACUCAAGAACGGCGUUAGAGGAUUUAUGUUAGAUAUGUAUGAUUUUCAAAACGACAUCUGGUUGUGUCACUCCGCUCAAGGCAAAUGUUACAACUUCACUGCAUUCCAACCUGCCAUAAACGUGCUUAAAGACAUGCGGUCAUUUCUAGAUGCAAAUCCAUCUGAAAUCAUCACCAUCUUCAUUGAGGACUACGUCACAGCUCCACAGGGCUUAACCAAGGUUUUCAAAGCUUCAGGCCUCAGCAAGUACAUGUUUCCACUGUCUCGCAUGCCCAGUAAUGGUGGUGAUUGGCCAACCGUAGAUGACAUGGUGCAGAAGAAUCAGCGUUUAGUCGUUUUUACCUCCAAGUCAUCAAAGGAAGCUUCUGAGGGCAUUGCUUAUCAGUGGAAAUACACGGUAGAAAACCAAUAUGGAGAUGAAGGCAUGAAAGCAGGUGUAUGUCCAAGCCGUGCGGAAUCACCUGCAAUGAACACAAAGUCUAGAUCGCUUGUGGUGGUAAACUAUUUUCAUUCUGCUCCAAAUCGUUCUCAGGCCUGCGCUGACAAUUCGGCUCCACUACUUAGCAUGAUGAAGACAUGUCAUGAAGCAGCCGGCAAACGUUGGCCAAAUUACAUUGCUGUUGAUUAUUACCAGAGAAAUGAUGGCGGAGGAGCAUCAGAAGCCGUUGAUGAAGCAAACGGUCAUCUCACUUGCGGGUGUGACAACAUUGCUUAUUGCAAGGCAAACGCUACGUUUGGCACUUGUGAUGUACCUCCUAUUUCUCCACCUCCACCUGCUACAGAAACCCCCUCCGAAGGCCAGCAGUCCCAAAAUAAUAAUCACGCAAACAAUGCUUAUAUUGGUAGAACAGCCGAGUUGAUGCAAUCGGUUGUGGUAAUUUUGGCUACAACAUCUCUAUUGGCAUGGUUAUAGAAUGCCAUUAGUUUAGGGGAGCUUUUAAUCAUUGAAAAUAUGUGUUGUAAUCAUAGAUUUUAUAGGCCAAUUUGAUUCCGAGUAUUGUGUGGAAUCCGAGUCAUUGUUCAUCCCACGGCGCUAUAUGGCUGUAUUGUAACUUGGUUUGUUUAAUGACUGACAUCCUCGAGAACUUAUCAAAUUCUUGUCUCGUGAAAGAGCUCCUUUCUGCUGGCAGUCGUUAUCUGUGUACGCUAUUUAUUGAAGAAUGUAGUUCCAUUAUUGCUAUUGAAUCGCCAAAUGAACAACUUCCAAAUUUGAGGA